UCGUUUUGCACACGUGUAGUACAGUUCUUAUACUCGUAGGUUUAAGUGGAGUUUCCUUCGAACGGAAAAAUCAACAACAUAAUUAUACAUGUACACUCUUAAUUAAACGAAUAAGAAGGACAAGUGCUAUAAGUUUUCUGUACAUUAUUUCCAAAGGAGAAAAAUAUUUAUGUUGUAGGCUUCUGUUUGGCCAGUCUGAAAUGAAAAUGAUUUAUAAUAAUAGGAUUUAUUUCGGAAUAUGCAUACUAGUGUGUUGUUGUGCAGAGGAACCUAGUUGCGCAUCACAUUUUGAUUACGAAUACAGGACGGUUCAAAAGCUGUUUGAGUUAGAGCAGAGAAUAGAGCAGUUGUCACAUAAAGGAGGCGUGUCAGUUUAUGUCAGAUGGGGAAGGAAUACAUGUCCCGUUGAUGCUACACUGGUUUAUAACGGUUAUUCGGCAGGUAAAAAGUGGAAUGAUAAAGGUAGUGGAAGUGAUACCAUAUGUUUGCCAUCUGAACCCACGUGGUUAAAAUACCACGAUGGAGACGACGCUAGCAGAGGACACAUUUACGGAACAGAAACGGACGUUCCUUCUUCCAAAAAUAUCUUCGAUUAUGAAGUAAACAAUCAAGAUUCCCCCUGUGCAGUGUGCAGUGUUCAAAGAUCAAACCCUGAUGAUUCCUGGAAGGUCAAAUUGCUACGAUGGAUGGAAACUAGAAUACAGUGGGUAUCUGAUGUCCGCCUAUUAUAACCAUGAUGGACCACAUAAUCACGUAUGUGUGGACAGUCGUCCAGAGUUCGUGCCAAAUUCAGGCGGCAAUAGCGAUCAACACAUCUUUUAUCUUGUGGAAGCCAGAUGUGGAUCUCUUCCUUGCCCUCCUUACA